AUGAAAGCUAGAGAUAAGUCGAUCCGUCAAGUAACAAAACCACCUCCAAAGAUGAAAUCUGCUUAUACACAAACUGAAGAAGCGACAAAACCACCAUUACUAAAUAUGAAAUCUAUAUACACGCAGACCCUUGAAGAACAAGAAAUUACGAACCGACAUAGAUGGACAUCAAUGCUUGAGGACUCACCGAUACAUCGUAGGAAUAAAGUCACACAAACAGCGUGGGGCCGUGAAAGUAAAGCAACUCAAACCGGAGAAAAUGUUCCCCCAAAACUGGUUUCCUCUAAGCCAAUCUACUUUCGUCCUACUCCCACGACUAACUUUCUUGUUAAAGUCUAUCGCAAUGGUGAUCGUGGUCGAUUUGCUUUUUGUAAAUCCUGCUCAAUGGAAAUUAUAUUAACACAUGCGACACAGAAACUACAAAUGCCUAUGCGUGCUCGACGUUUAUUUGAUGCUAAUGGAAUCGAAAUUUAUCAUAGCGCGGAAAUACGACGUGAUGAGGAGUACUUUGCAUCGGCUGGAGAAAACUUUAAAAAACCAUUAAAUUAG